AUGCACUUCCCCAUUCUUGCCUCGAUCACCUCCCUCGCCACUUCCGUCAUUGCCAACCCGGUGGAUCUCGAAGUCAGAGACAACUGGGCCAAGGUCGUCUCCUUCAGUGACAAUCUUUGCAACUCAGACCAAAGCACUUUCGAGGUGACCGGCAGCGGUGCGUACCGAUGCAUAUCUGUCAACAAUAAGCCAUCCAUUUCACCAAUAAGCGAUCCAUCAAAGUUCUUCAGAAGAGGGACUGUACGAUAA